UCCGGGCCUAAUAACGUAUUUAGGGUGGACUCUUUUAAGGACUUGUACGAGAAGGCUAACGAAGCGAAGAGAGGAAUCUGCGUACUAGGUAUCAUUUGCAGACAGUAUCGUAACACGCACCCUUCAUGCAGUUUUCUUUUGUACGGCGAGUUGGCUAGGCAUAAUUUAUUGUUUUCCGCCAUGAUCUGCGUUAACAUUGUUACUUUGCCUUUAGAAUUUAUAACAUGUGGAGACAGCAAACGUGGAAAAAGUGAGAUUAGUAAUCCUUCUCUAAAAUGCAUUACUUUUUGUUUGUUCUUUUCAGUGCCAACAACGCCUACACCAGUACCAACGACGCCAGGUAAAUCAUGCAUGGCUAUGUUAAUUUGGCCAGUCUGGUAAUCUAUGUAAUGUUGUACUGUAGGCUCAUAUCGCGCCCGUGGGCCGUGGUCCGUGUUCCAUGUUAAAGGGCGAAUUUGCUUGCUGUUAGCGUUCGCAAGUUUGCUUAGAAUCUGCUUUAAUUUCAACAGAAUUGUGCCGAAUUCCAAUGGACACC